AAGUGAAGGACAUCGUCAUCGAUCGCAGUGUAUCCCGGCGCUGGCUGUCUACGUUGUCGGUGCCAAUAGAUGAUGCUGCCAGCUCGGCUUCAUGCGCGUCAAUGUACUAGCCCACGCGCUGCGAGAUCGACCAAGUGCAGUCGACUCAGACUAAUAAGUCACGCUGGCCGACGAUGUCUCACUAUUUCUUGUCGCGGGUCUGCAGUCAGUCGCGAAGACCUCUACAGAUAUACCAAUGGCUCGUUUCUGGCCAACCAGGCCAAAGCCUUCGACCGACGGUAUCUCAAGUUCAACCUCGAUGAGUUGUGCUCUAUUGCCUCCCGCAUCGGGAGCAUAUCCGCGGUGAAGGAGGUCGAGAAGAUGGAGGGCGGCUUCAGCAAAGCACUGCUUAUGAAGAAGAUUGAUGGCACCGAAGUCGUCGCCAAAUUACCGUUCAAGAUUGCAGGACCGGCUCACUAUACGACGGCCUCUGAGGUGGCCAUACUGCAGUACGUCCGCCAACACACUAACGUGCCAGUACCGAGGGUCCUGGCUUGGAAUUCUGAUGCUACGAAUGCUGUCAAGUCGGAAUACAUCGUUAUGGAGAAAGCGCCCGGGGUGCAGCUCUUCAAGGUUUGGGGCGACAUGCCCGACCACGACCAGUUCAUGCUCGUCAAGAACCUCUGCAUUCUCGAGUUGGAGCUGGCCAGGCUCAAGUUUCCCGCGCACGGAUCGCUAUACCUGCGGCAGUCCCUGCAGAGUAGCGGCCAUGUAACUGUGCCCUUGGACGCAUCGGAAGAUCCGGAAGGUCGAUUCUGCAUCGGCCCUACCUGUGGCCGCCUGUGGCACGAGGAAGGAACCAGUGGUGUCAGAAAAAAAGGUCCAUGGGUCAGCCUUGCCGCGUUCGGCGAGGCGCUCGCAGAACGUGAGAUCGCCCGUCUCGAAAACAAUCGAAGCGAACAGAAGUCAUCAGAUCUUCAUCCAAAGGCCGAGCAAAUCGCCUUGCUACAGCUCGCCCGGGAGGUCGCGACCCGCAUGAGCGCAGAGAGCCUACCCGGGCAAUUCGCCAGUCCAACGCUCUGGCACAGCGAUCUUCACCUCGGAAAUAUCUACGUGUCAGAAGAGGAUCGAACCAAAAUCGUGUCUAUCAUAGACUGGCAGUCUCUCGUCAUUCAACCCUUGUUGUGUCAAGUCCGUUUCCCCGAAAUCCUCGAGCUUCCCGAGGACUACGAAAUUGGAGGACCGGCUCCGUCUCGCCCGGUGGGUUUCGACGAGAUGAAACAAGAUGAGCGUAUGCUGGCAAUACACGAGUUCAAACAAGUGUGCAUGGCCAGGGCGUACGAGGCCGCAUUUGGGAUCAAAAGUCCACAAGUGUGUAAUGCGCUUUUACUGCCAUCUUACCUGAAGGACUUCUUCGAGCGUUGCGGUGAGGUUUCGGAAGAGGGCGCGACCCCUCUCCGAGCCUGUCUCAUCGAGCUAGCGAAGGACUGGGAAGAGUUGGGCUGCGCAGGCAAGUGUCCGGUUGCGUUCACCGUAGACGAUCUGGCCAGGCACGAACUGGAGUUCAAAGACUACUCAAUGUACCAUGACCUCCAAGCCAUGGCUCGCAAAUGCUUGGGUACUGAUUCGGAGGGAUGGCUAGCACCUGCAGUCAACAUUCACGUUAAGCGACAGCAAAACAAAGACUUGUUGCAAAUGAUGAUGGAUAGAAGCGCUGAAUACGGCAAGACUCCGGAGGAGGUGCGCAAGAUAUGGCCCUUUUGA